CGGGCAGGGUGGUCCUUGGCGUUCCGGGACAUCCAGGGGGUACCGGGCAGGACAGACCCUCGGUACCGGGCGCGGCGGUCCUUGGAGCAAGGAGGAGUUCUUGGCACGGCGGAGUGUCCCGCCAUGGAGAUGCAGUCGUACUACACCAAACUGCUGGGGGAGCUGAACGAGCAGCGCAAGCGGGAUUUCUUCUGCGACUGCAGCAUCAUCGUGGAGGGCAGGAUCUUCAAAGCCCACAAGAACAUCCUGUUCGCCAACAGCGGCUACUUCCGAGCGCUGCUCAUCCACUACAUCCAGGACAGCGGCCGCCACAGCACGGCCUCGCUGGACAUCGUCACCUCCGAGGCUUUCUCCAUCAUCCUGGAUUUCCUCUACUCCGGCAAGCUGGAUCUGUGCGGGGAGAACGUGAUCGAGGUGAUGUCUGCCGCCAGCUACCUGCAGAUGACCGACGUGGUGAACUUCUGCAAAACCUACAUCAGGUCCUCCUUGGACAUCUGCCGGAAAAUCGAGAGGGAGGCGGCUUUUUACCAGGCCGACAGCGGGAGCUCGGCCAGGGAAGGCACCUCCUUGAGCUUCAAGAGCUCGGCCUCGGCGUCCUCCCCGCAGGAGAAGGAGAAGAUUCCGGAAUGCCAGCGGGACCCUCCCUGCGGGGCCUGCGGCGCCUGCCAGCCCCUGGAGCUGGUGGCCAGGGAACCGCUGAGCAGCGACUCCCCCAAAGGGCUGCAACCCAAGGUGGAGUUCGACCCCGACGAGGCGGAGGCGGAGGCGGGCGAGCGGCUGCCGCAGUACCCGGCGCCCAUGUCGCUGGAGCAGAUGGAAGAGGGGCAGCCCCUGGAGCUGGCCUGCAAUAAUUACCACAUGAAGCAGUUCCUGGAGGCUCUGCUGCGCAACAGCUCGGCCCCGAGGAAGGAGGACGUGGUGCAUCACUUUGUCCGGGGAUUUGAGGGUAGGGCUGAGGAGGCGGGAGCGGCCGUCAGCUCCAUGAUGGACAUUCACAGCGACUGGUAUGGAGAGGACGCAGGUGACGUGCUGGUGGUGCCCAUCAAGCUGCACAAGUGCCCCUUCUGCCCUUACACGGCCAAGCAGAAGGGCAUCCUGAAGCGCCACAUCCGCUCGCACACCGGGGAGCGGCCGUACCCCUGCGAGACCUGCGGGAAGCGCUUCACCCGCCAGGAGCACCUGCGCAGCCACGCGCUCAGCGUCCAUCGCUCCAACAAGCCCAUCAUCUGCAAGGGCUGCAGGAGAACCUUCACCAACAGCCUGUCGCAGGGGCUGCGGCGCUUCGGGCUCUGCGACAGCUGCACCUGCGUCACCACCACCCACGAGGACUCGGCGCCCAUCAACCUCAGCCUCGUGGAAACGGCCUCGGAAGGGCAGGAAAAGGGAGAUGCCGACAACGACUGGCCCAUCUACGUGGAGUCCGGAGAGGAGAACGAGCCGGCCGAGGACGAGGACGGCGACGACAAGCGGGAAAUCCGGCGGGGUUUGGCAGACAGAGAGGUUUUGAUGUAGCGGUGAGAGGAGAGGGGAGCGCUGAGAGCUUCCCUGGCAGAGUCUGCGACGGAAAACUGCGCGUUUGCUCGAUCACUGACACUGUGCUGGUUUUUAUUAUUCUGGGUUUUUUUUGGUUUUUUUUUUUAAUUAAAUUGCGGGGAGAAUUGGAAUUUUUAAUAUUUUUUGAGUUUUCAGUGCUGUGCACCAGAAAGCUGUGGAGAGUCUUCGGUCUGGGGCUCGCAGAGGUUGGACUUGAGCAGUUUCUCUGCCUCCUGGUUUUGGUUUUGCAGGUGGAACACCUCUGGGUUGUUUUGGGGACAGGUUUCUUCCAAUAAUGAGUCACGGUCCUUAAUCCCUGAUCUGAAAUGGGCACCACCUUCUCUCUGAAGAUGACAUGAAAUGUGGUUUACAUCUCUUACCUUGGGACUUUUCCAAGCUAAUCCGUGAUUCUUCUGUCUUAGGACAGUGUUAUUUAAAUGAUGAACCAUAAACGUUUGCUGAGACUGGAUUUGACCUGGAAACCAGGGCAGAAAAACCAGGAUAACAAAAAAAAAACCCCAAACCCAAACAAAAUAUGCUGCUGCUGAAAGGAUGGACGGGAAGAAUAAAUCUAUUUCACGUAAUUAAUUGCGGGAAUUUAGAGCUCAAGCUUUUCUUUCUGAAUUUUUACUGCAUCUUCCCCUCCUAAGCGCUCGGAUCUUCAGCUGUGUCUUCACUGUCACUCAGAUAUCAGUAACCUUGGCUUAAAUAUUAAGCAAAAAUGAUGGUGUCUUAGUGGUCAGGACUAAGAGAAAAGCCCAAAUUCUUUUUAGCUUUUUACAGCAGGAGUUAAAAGCUGUCAAGCAGGUUCCUUGGGAAUUCUGACUGUGGCAGAUUGAAUAACCAGAUCCACACCUGGUGUGGCUGAGGAGCAGUGAAAUAUCUGAGCUAUGCUAUAAAAGAGCUCUGAAUGCCCUUUUGGAAUUCUUUUCUUUCUCUUUUCCUGCGAUUUCUUUUAGAAAUCAGGGAUCCUCUCAUGAUUUAUGUUAUGUGAUUUUAUCCAAAUUUUAUUUUAUUUUAUUUUAUUUUUAAACCUCCUCUGUGGACCUCCUGUCUCUUUGUGGGGACAGCAAAAGGUUUUGAAAGGAGGUGAGAUUUUGUCGCCUUUCCAGCAGCAAGUUUUUAAGAGCUAUUAAAACUCAGGCUGGGAAGCUUUAGAAGAAAACCCAGCACCACCAGAAAGCCUGUUUGCUUAGGGGUGACCUCCUGUUCCCUGACAAAGGGACAAAACUGAAAUAUACUGUGAAAUGAGACUGUUAAUGCUUCUUCACUCUGCUGUUCCUAAGUGUUUCAUGAAAAGGCAAACUUGACGAGUCUUUUUUUUUUGGCUGGAGCAGAAUUCUGCAGACAGAUUUGGCUGACAAAGAGUGAGCAGUUCCUCCCACUUGGUGCUUUUUCCUGAGGGGUUUUUUGGUGUAAAGAUUUUCCACUUGGCAAACCUAAAAAACCCGAGAGCCCUCUGAUUUAACCAGGGGUUUUUUUCUCUGCAUACCUCAUGCUUCUCUUGUACACGUUGAAAAAAGAGCGAUUCAGCUUCUCCCUCUGCUUCAUCCAGCAGUGAAACAGCCCCACUGUCACGUCAGAUUUAUUUGUGAGAGGCGAUUCUGCCCUCACAAGUACAGCCAAGGGUUCAUUUCCACACCAGGUAGGAUGAGGAAAGGAGAAACAAAGUUCUUUUUAAAGAAUUCACUUUACUGGUGGCUACUGAAAAGAGCAGAAGGUAAAGAGACCUUUUUUGGAGGGGUCUGGUCCAGGUUCUUGAUGAACCGUGUAACGUUGGUUUAAUUUUCUGUCCCUUCAUUUGGGCGAGUUUCAUCAUCCCUGUUUCCAGGUCAGCUGGAAAUUUGAGUUUGUAGGAGCUGGAACAGGGGGCAAGACCUUUACAAAAUUCCCCGCUCCAGAGCCGCUGUUCCAGUCAAUCUGAGUGAAGGGACAGUGAAGGGACACAUGGAGGUGCCACGUUUGGUAUUGAGCUCUGAAAAUCCUGCUUGAUUUUGGCUCCUUGGUGCUCUGAGCCAAACGUGGGGCUUGCAAAUCUUGCUGGAAUGUUUGGAGAAGCACCUUCCAUCCUCCCAGGGCUUGUCUUUUGGACUGCUGGAUUUUUGGUGAGUCCACCCAAACCCAAAGGGUGAUAAAGGUGCUUAGAGGAGGGACUUUCUGCCUCGAGGGCCAUGGAUAAUCUGAGUUUUUUGGGAGACUGGCUGAUGGAAGCGGGGCAGGAACGUAAACAGGGAUCCAAUUAAUAUUUAGCGACCAGGCACCGCCAGCUCUGGUCGUGAAGAUUCCACCUCGUUGUAAAUAUUGGUAGAAGCCACCAGACCUGGAACAUCAGCCGAGCCUGGGCUCUGGCUGGUGCUCCACAAGGUUGGGAAGUUCCUGGCGUGGCCCAGCUCUGCUGAGCCUUUGGAGACACUUGGAGCAGGGAAAAUGAACCCUUUGGAAGCUGCAGGAACCUUUCCCUUCACCCCGCUGUCUUUGGUCUUAGAGAUUGUCCUUGUGUGUUUGUGCCUAGAGAAUGGAGCUGUCAGGGGUCCGGGGCGGGCGGGGGGCGGCUUUUCCACAGGGAACCUUCCACCAAACUCGGUGUUUCCUGUUCAAUUGUCAUUUUGUGCUGCUUUGUUUUGUUCUUCCGUGGAGUCUUUUCAGCCUUUGGACGUAGAAGAGGGUGGAGUUUAUCCACGUUUCUUGUGAGCAGGGUGUUCACGUGAAUCCGUUUGCUUGUGCUUUACACUUUGUUUUCUGGGUGUUUUUCCCCCGAAAUCUUCCAUUUGUGGAUCCAGCCUCUACAAGCUUUGAGAAAAUGAUGUUGGCUGUUGAAAAACCUUCCCGUGGUGCUUGAUGAGGAAUCAAAAAUCAUGUUUCUAGGGGAGUCAUUUCUAAUAGAAUCUCUUUCUCAAAGGCUUUUAAAGGCCGUGAAGACGACAUAUCUCAAAACGUAGCUCGUUGUACUUGACUUUGUUUAGGAAUACACAUUUUAAUGUAUUUUUGCACAGAAAUGCGCUGUAUUUCACGUUAGGAAGGAAUACAUGCUGCACUGGUAUUUGUAGCUCAUUUAACCUCUUGGUGCAAAGCCCUUGUAAAUCUUCCAAAUGUGGUAGUUGAAUUUCCUGAUGUUUUGUAAGAGAGUUUCAUAACCAAAGUCCUUUAGUCCAGUAACAAUGACAAAUUCUUGUUAACUGAACUUUAUUUGUGCAAGUGACUGAACUAUAUUUGUGGAUCUUGGAGCAUUCUGGAGUUUUUUGAUUGUCUAGAAAAUAAAACUCUCUGAGAGGGUUGCUUUGAUUUUUUUACCGUUCAGAUGUUGACUGA